GAUAGCGGUGAGUUGUAUUGCAGAGCCAUGACUACCAUUGCUAGCUUCUGUAUUCCUGGGAACUUGUUCAAUGAAAACUGGGCAUACCGGUUUGAAGAAACAACAGCACCAGCAGUGGCCUAUCUCAAAUUCAGUUGUGUAUUCGUGCGUGUGUCCGUGUGUGUGUGUUUGUGUGUCCGUGUAUGUGUUUGUGUGUGUGUGUGUGUGUGUGCGUGUGCGUGUGCGUGUGUGUGUGUUUGUGUGUCUGUGUGUAUGUGCAGAAAGCUACACAGACCAUGACUGCAGUGAAGAGUGUAUGAACCGUGCUACAAUAACCAGUUUAUCAUCGUCCUGAAAGUACUUCAAAAUGUCUAACAACGGACCAUUUGAUGAUCCCAAGUUCAUUUCCCAUAUCUUACCCUGGAUUUAUGAAUUGGAUGCAACGAGCUUUCGACAUUCUAUGCAGGACAAAGGUGCGUUCACAAGAAGAAAACAAAUUGAGACAUUGGAGCAUCUGGAGAACAACAAAGGAAAGGAAGCGCAUAAUUCUCACAUCAUCAGUCUUAUAAGUCCUGGGCGCACAGGUGCUUAUAAACUACUCUGCAAUGUAAUCCAUGACUUGGGUCCAUUGUAUGAUGAAUUGUACCAAGAAAUGCUUCUCCUGUUGCCCGUUGACCAGCCACCAACGGCCAAGACAUCCUCUCACGAGACAGUUCAUGUUGCUACUAUGCGUGCAGCCAGCAACACAGCUAACGAUGGCACAGUGACAUGUAAUACACUGGCAGUGAAUGAUGAUGGAGCAGACAAUGGUGGGCACAUUCAACGUCUUAAACAACAUCUGCACAGAGUGAAUACACAUCUGUGCAAGACCACCGCUGAUCAUUCAGAUCUAACUUGCUUGUCCGGCGAUGUCAAGGAUUGCUUCGUGCCCAUGCAGGCUCUGACGGAGAAAGAUGCUCUGCAGCUGACGUAUCGUGCGCAACAAGCUGCAACUCGCCGUGUCACUGGAAGACAGCCAAUAUCUGACCGUACACCAGGCGUUGCUAUCCCAGGAGCAAAACAAGAUAAGAGUGACAAAGUGGAAGGAGGAAGGCAGUUUGUUCUGUCCAGCGCUAAGCAGCUCUUGUCUGAUCCCCAUUAUUAUGAAGGUGUAACAAGCGGUGGCAAAAGUGGUGUUGGUGUUGGUGGUGGUGAUGACACAGUUGACACAGACAUUCUGGAAAGUUGCAUUGUAAUUGGCAACGCUGGGCAGGGAAAGACAACACUGAGCAAACGAGUCAUUGCCGACAUCAUGGAGACAACAACUGGGAAUCUGGCAAAGAUUGAAUUCAUUUUCUACGUGCCAUGCCGUGAUUUGAAACGUAUGCAGUCAACUGAUUGGUGUGUAUUUCUUGGUUUGGACCAGUUGGGCAUCAGUACACAGGAGCAAUCUAUACUGCUCAAUUACCUCUCUGAGCAUUCCGACCAGGUAUUGAUCGUUAUUGAUGGCAUCGACGAACUUGGCAGUGGUGGGUUUGGCAAAGGAUCAGCAGCCCAAGCUGUAAUAUUGAGGAGCAGCAGCAGUUACUAUUCACUACUACCUGAUGCUAUUGUAAUCGCAACUAGCCGACCAUCUGAUAAAGCGUAUCAGCACAUACAGCAUUUCCGCUUACGUUUUCGACUCCUCGGCUUCUCGGCAGACCAGCUCUUUGCGUACUGCUCACGACAGCUCGGAGAGGAGGUUGCCAAGAAGUGUAUGGAAGAGCUUUCCCAACGGAACAACUGUCUGCUGAAGGAAGCCAUUCAACAAUCUCCACUCCUAUGUGCUCUGCUCGUUCAGCAAUAUCCCAUCAACAACUCUCUACCCUCCAGUGUGACACUUUUCUAUGACCACUACUUACGCUCCUCAGUCGCAAAGCUGGAAAAGCGGCGAGAAGGGAAGUUUGGUCAAGUACGGCUUGCACAUGACGUCAUCAGUCACUGCAGUGGUGGCCGGCACUUCAGUUGUGGUGAUCUUGUCAGUAUCCCCGUGGUAAUAGAACAUCAUUUGGAGCGCUAUGUGAAGGAGACAAGCAACAAUGAUGAGGAGUGUGAUCACCAUGCUGUGGAGCUAGUCAAGGCAUUGCACAAUCUCUACACGAUGUGUCUUGCAACAUAUCAAAGGGGCAUGGCUACUUUUACAUCCACGCUGUCAACCCUCCACCAGUCCAUUUGUCAAGAUCUCGGCUUACUGCUCAACCCUGGUAUGCAUCCGUCGUUCGUCGGUUCCACUCAGACUGUGUCCUUGACUCACUUGACACUGCAAGAGUGGUGUGCAUCGAGAUGCAUCAUUUCUUCUGACUCGUGCGUAGACAUCAUCCGCAGGUGCAUCAACACUGUCGGCACAGACUUGAACACACUUGUCUUCUGGCAGUUUGUCUUUGGAGCACUAAAGCCAGACAUUCUAUUUUCAUCAUUGUUGGCUCUACAGUCUGAAAACAGCAUCAGUGAUCAUACUGUCAAGGGCAAGAAGAAGAUGCUUCUGUUCAUGAUGAGAUGUUUGAUGGAAAACCGCAUUUCACUCCAACAUAACCGCACUCUAGGUAAUCCCAAUCAGGACACUGACAUAGUCACACAUAGCUGCUAUGCUAUGUCAGCCAACCUCCUGGCCAGUGAUGGAAUUGAUGUUAGUGCAAUCCACCUUGAAGUUGUUGAUGUGAUGGCUUUACAUACUGUUUUGGAGCUUGUAGACCAUGUAAAGUCUCUGGAUCUCUGCAAUUGUAAUCUGUCAGGUGACAGUGUCAUUUUGCUGUCUGACCAACUGGAUAAAUGCGUCAAGGUGACUUUGUGUGGUGCCAAUCUCACUGCAGCACCAUUGGCAAGCAUAUCAAGCACACUGUCUAGAUCAACACGGCGUACCCUCCAGGUUCUUGACAUUAGCAACACAAGGUUGACCAGUGGAUCUGCAGAUGGAGCAGCACUUGCUGGAUGUGUAAAACACCCAAGUCUAACGUUCCUGAAUGCAAGGGCUACAGUACUUGGCAAUGAUGGUUUGGCAGCAUUUGUGAGCAACUUGGCUCCUUGUAACAAUCUCACAGAUCUAUCACUGGCAUGGUGUGGACUGGAUAGUGGAUGUGGAUCUGACCUGGCAACACUGGUCACACAGUUACCACACCUUGACAGUCUAUGGCUGCAUGACAACUCACUCUCCAACAGUGACGUGUCAUGUGUACUAUCCAGUCUCCAUUCUCAUGAUACCAUACAGCAUCUCUUCUUUGAAAACAACAGACUGACUGAUGAGCUAGCCGCUAGUGUGGUUGACUUUCUGCAAGCUCGUCGCAGUCGUGAGCACACUGGGAGUGUCAGCACAACACUACCACCAUGCAGGGUUUAUCUGAGCGGCACUGGUGUAACAAUCCGUCUUCUACAGGAAGUGGCUACGUCUAGUCAAUGUGGUGGUGACGUAAUCGACAUUGGCAGCCGCUAUGCUACUGGUACUUCAGUAGAGACUGAGUCAAUUGAUCGUCUGGUCAGUGAACAUGGUGGUGACCUACCUUGUAAGGUUGAUGACUCCAUGAUGUCAUCACUUGGUCAGCACCUUGCAACCAACACUGACCUAGACCUACUGGACAUAGCACUGUGUAACAUCACCGAUGCUGGAGCAACUGCUCUGGCAACAUCUGGCCUUGCUCACAACACAGUGCUGAAAUACCUUAGUCUGGACAACAAUAGGAUACAGCUAUCUGGUGUUGUAAGUGUACUACAAGCAGUGACAUCACCACAGUCACAUGUCAGUGCAUUGGAUCUGCCGCAAAACCCAGUGUUUCAUGAUAUACAGCCCAGUCAUGCUGAUUGCAGAUUGCUAUGCCAGCUUCUCUCUGGAUUCCACCGGCUGCGCUUCAUUUCAUUUAGCCGGACGGGCAUGAGUGAUGAAGUUGGUGCAAGUAUCCUACACUCUCUCCAUCACCAUACACGUAUUGAAUGGAUGUCUAUGGCAAGCAAUAAGAUUGGUGAUGCCGCAGUGCAUGCCCUGGUGAAUAUGAUGAGGAAGAACACAAGCUUGAGAUUGAUCAGCCUAAUUAACUGCAAGAUCACCGAUGAUAGCAUUCAAGCCAUGCUGCAGUCACCAGGCAUCAUGAGGAUGGAGGGUGUACACUUGUACGGGAACCCAUGCUCUAUGGACAAACUUCGACCUCCAUUGUACAAUUCCAGGCUACGGUAUAGCAACUCUACUGUCCUGGAGUUCAUCUCGGAUUGAUUGCAGGAAGACGUUGCAGAACAUCAGCAUAUUCCCAGGUAUGUGU